AUGGUAAUCACUGCUGCUGCUGCUGCUGCUGCUGCUGUUGCCUCGCUGUCGGCUUGCGCUGUCGUCGUCUUGUCCUUUGUCUCGUUGCACCCUUAUUCUCUUGCGAUCAAGGAGCAGCCGCGGCAGGUCAGGGCGUCCGGAUACACCCUCUCGAUUUCGGGGCGAUCUGUCGAUCCAGUUCCGGUGCUCCAGCUUUCAUACCAAGAUGCCAACGGGGAUUUGAUCACGGACGGUCAACAUCCAAGACUGGUUGCCUCCACCAACUUUGUCGUCUACGCCAAGCUCUUCUCUGCAGAUGAGACGCCGAUAGCAUCUUCAAGAGCUCGAUCGUCCUCGGAUCCGUCUGCCGAGCGCUCGAAUGACCGACGGGAGCAGCCGAUAGCGUCGGGCCACGGCCUCAUUGCUUCGCCUGGCCAAGGCUCAAUUCUGAUCGACGAGCUGGAGGAACCGGACUCAGGCUCCAGCAAGGGCCAAGCGAGCCCACUCUUCGGCACCCUGGUCUCGCCGAGCUACCUUGCCCGUGGGCUGGACAAGAUCAUGGGCGUGUUCUUCAUCUUUGGGAAUCUCUGUGUCCGCAUCGAAGGAUCGUUUCGGCUCAAGUUCACCUUGGUUGACCUAAAAGUUGCGGAUGCAAACCCGAAUCCCGUCGUACUGACGUCGGUAAUGUCGGAUGUGUUUGAGUCCUUUAGCUGGAGGAACUUUCCGGGGAUGGCGAAGAUCUCGCCGCUAACGAAGCACUUGCUGGAUCAGGGAGUUGUCAAGAUCGUCCGCAAAGCACAGCCGAUGCGCGGCGGCAAAGGGCGAAAACAGUCCACCGAAUCGCUCGACUCGAGCUGAUAGCCACCUACCACAGCGAUGGUCUAGAUGAACUCGGUAUUCGGCGACAGCAGGAUUUGGCGUGCGCACGGGUUGGUUCCUCGCGGCAUCGACCGACAAUGCCCGACCGACGGAUGUGCCGCUCUGCCGACAGCUGCAUCCACGGGUCCAGGACGUUGUUGAUAUCUUCGCAGUUCCAAGACGCUGCUGGCAUUGACACGGCCCGGGAAGCGACGGCUGUGACUCUUUCGGCAGCAUCGUCGCUGCAAAUACAAGGUUCGCACGCUGCCCUGGCCAACAGGAUCCCGGGUGCUGUGGACGGAAUCGGGAAGC